CUCGUCGCUCGCUUGUUAUUUAGUCCUUCAUAGUAGAAGUAGGUAAAGGGAUAGGGAAAGAAGAUGACAAGGCCUUUGAGAAUGAAACUUGGGGACUUCCUCGAGAGUUCGGAGGAAGAGCCAGUGCGAGUCCCUGUAGAGAAAAACGACACCAAGAGUAGGGAGGCUUCUAUCACUCCACACCAUUCGAUCAAUGCGGGAGCGACAUCGCAGGACGAUUCGACGAGUGGUGCCAAUGUAGGAGGUGGGGCAGCGAAUCGAGAUCUUGAUUUAUGGAAACACGAGUGCUGUCACUCACUCAUUUUGAUUCAUGCUAGGACCACGCGUGAUGGCGAUGUAUGCGCUGCCUGUACACAAAUAAUGCUGAUUCUCCUACAUAGAGUUAGUACCAGUACCUCAAUCAACAACAAGCUAGACGAGCGGGUAGAAGUCGCCAGGAAAGUCCUAGGCAGUUUGCCGCAUAGAUUCGCAUCAUCGUAAUACCUCAAUCAAACAAAUAACUCGAAGUAUAACUUCAACUACUUCGAUUGUUCGAUCAUGAUGGUGCUUUUUUUCACUUUCAUACCCUCUGCCCCUCUCCGGCAUUACAUCGAUGGCGUCCGAAGUGGAGGCUAUGGCCUCGGAGGACGUGGAAGAGAUGUGUCGGAGUAGCGAAGAGGCCCACGACGCUAUAUUGAGGAAGAACGAAGCUAUUAUGGCAGAGGUGUUUAGCCAGACGAAGACUGCCGCGGUAGACAACGAAAUUAGUGGUAUGAGUACUUCUGGAAACUACGGAGCUGCACCAACAUCAAGGCAACAAAGUAAACAAGAAUCAAGGCAACAAAGUAAACCAGAAUCAAGGCAACAAAGUAAACAAGAACCUAACCUGACCUCUGCUGAUUCGACGUUUAGACACGGAUGGGGAGCACAGACAAGUUCUUGUGGAAGUGCGCCUAUUGGGCAAGAAACUACACCAUUUUCUACAUAUCAAGAAAUACAACAGCAACAAGAAGUACUAGAUGAUCGACUUCGACAACGUCAUCCUCAUGUUGGAGCAACUUCUACAAGAGCAGGGGCAGUAGGAGUUAGUUCUACAGCAGCUGCGGCAAGCCUAUCUUCUACAUCGAAGAUGAAUGUUGACGAAGAAACAGGAAUAGGAAGUGCUAGUGCAGCAUUGAAAGCGGAGGCGACGCAAGAGCGGCCUCGAUUGGUUCCUAC